CAGCCUCCUCGGAACCAAGCUGCCUCUUGAUCAGGCGCGUGCAGGCCCUCAGAGGUGGAGGCAGGAGCGUGGAAUAAUCAUAAGACAUGAAUUUUAAUGUCUGGAAUAUCAAAGAUAUGCUCAGUAUUCCCUCAGGCUCUGGGGCCAAUAAGUCGUCUAACUGGAAUAACAAUCAGACUGAUUACUCCAGUCUCAGUGAUUCCCAGUUUCUUUUUGGAUCCCAGUUCUGUCCAGAAAGUUCACAGACCCUGUCAACACCCUUGGACUCUGAAGUCCACUUGAGACAUCCAAAACAGUCACAACAGAAUUCUCUGGAUAGUGAACCUAGUAUUUUCACAAAGUACCAAACAAAACCCCAGCUGCUUGGAGGAGAAACAAAAGAUGGAGGCUCGUUUCCUCUUCCUUUGUCUCUUGGAAAACCAAAAGGCCUCUUGGAACAGUUUGAGGAGAAAAAGAAAAGUGCAAAAGACAGAUGUGACAGUGAGACUUUAUACAACUUCAUUUCCCAUAUCAGAGAAAGCAUUCACAAGUUACAGACAUCAGUGGAAGAGUCUGAGGAACAUCUCAGUUCCAGAAGUCAGUCUAUUUUGGAUUCUUUGGAAACUGUGGCCAAGACAUGGCAGGAGACUGCAAAAGCUCAGAGUGGUCUGAUGUUGGAAAGAGUGCAGGACAAAGGCAAUGUGGAGCAGGCCAUCCUCGAGUUGCAAAAGAGAUUCGAAGCUAGACAAGCAGAGUUUAUAGAAAUGAAGUCCAACCUGAAGCACCUUGAAGUUUUGGUUACCCAGCAGAGUAAGGACUUUCAGCAGCUGUGUGAGCAUCUGGGCCAGCUGAAUAUGCCCAGUGUUCUAGCACAGUUAAAGCAAUUGACCUCCAUCGCUCUGACACCCAAACACGUAAAAGACAGUGCCUCUCAGACAUCACCACCUCUGGCGCAGAGCCUCAGUUUCACCAGGCAGGACAAACAUACCUCUGAGAAGCCAGUUAUGUGGCAGGCCCAGGCCCUCCCUGCUGCAUGCAGUCUUAGUGUGGGCUCCCCAAGGCCCAGGGAGUUUGUUGUCUGGGGUGAGGGAUCAAAGAGGGAUGCUCUCCAAGAAGAGGCUGUGCAGCCGGCAGUUGGAACUGGCAAAAGAAACAGGCAAAUCACGGACAGGGCAGUGCAGACUAGUUGCCAGAACUCUGUUACUAAAACAGGUUCUGAGAACUGUGGCUCUCCCUUCCUGGGUCACAAAGUUCCUGAAGCUAGGGACCCAGUUUCCCAAGGAGACUCACAGCUUAUAUCUCGAGGAUAUAAGGACUUAAACAACUCUGCAACCAGCAUUAAGAACACCAGCCAAAAACGGCAAGCUAAAGGCGUAUUUUCAUGUGACCCUUGUGAACAAAGGUUGGUGACCGAACAGAAAGGCAUAACUGUAGAAAGAGGGAAAAAAGGCAAGCAGCAGCAGCCCAGGAAAGCCCCCAGAAGAAGUUCUCUACGCAGGAAGCAAGAACAAAUGCCUAACAAAACUUGUGUUUCUAAUUCUAAAUAUCCUAGACCUCCAGUUUCCAGUUCACAAAGGUCCCCCCGGGGGGAGCAGGAAACUCUUGCUCAGCCCCUGCAAUUUGGGGGCCCUGGGAGCCCCACAGAUCUAGUCUGCUCUGCUCAGGGAGGAACAGUCAUGCCCAGUAAGACCACGAGGGCAGAGCAAGGGAACCUCAUGCAGCGCAGUGGGCAUUCCACCCAAGACAACAGCCUGCUGCCUCCCAGUUCCCAGAGGGACCACCGGAUGAGCUGGUUCAGUGACCUCAACCCCAGGACAGAGUCCCCUCAGUCCCAGGAGUCAGGGAAGAAUAUACUCUAUGACCUGGGUUUUGAUAGCAGCGAUGAUGGCUUCUGACCAGCCCAUGAUGACUUUGGCUGAUGGUUUUUGGUCUUGUUGGAAAGACAAAUCACAGAACAUUUGGGGUGGCUGAUGGCAGAGUUCUCAAAGCCUGUCUGAAACCUUCAGGGUCAGAGGGUGGGCUUGGAUGGGGUGGUGGUGGGGGUCAGUGGAGGGCUGGGGAGCAGAUCUGGCAUUCUGGGUACUGGGCACUCCCCAUGACAGAGCAUAAGGGAUAAGUGCAUCCUUAUUCAUGGGAGUGAAACGUGUGAGGAGGGUGUGAGGAGAGCUGGGGCAGCGGCCCGGGAGUGGGGCAUCAGCAGGAGGGUAUUGGGUCUGGUACAAGGAGAACUGCCCUCCGUACGGAACAUCAGUAGGAGAAGGGCUCUCACAAAACUGUUGCUAUGGCAGCAGGACUCCCAAACACAUCCUUUUGGUCUUCAAAACAUCUCCUUCACAUGACCAAUAUCUUUCUGGGCCUCAGGAUUUUUUUUUUUAAAUUUGUAUCCAUUUUUGCUGUGAGAACGUGCAUUUUUGGGGUGAGUGGAUGUAUUCCGGGACACACACUAGCUCAGACUUCUUGUGAACAGAGAAAUGAGUGUUAAAGCCUUGAAGAAAAGACAGGUGACUCACACUACAUGCUGGGAGCCGCACUUUUCACAGCCAUGAAAUCCCACUCUUCUUCCCAGCUGUUUUCCCAUGCCCUGUUUUCCACCCUUCUUUUAAAGCUAACGAGAGUGGCUGCAGGCCCUGCAUCAUUUCUGGAGAGCAGUGGGCUUAUAUGAGACUUUGGCUUUCCAUUUGUAUCUUGUUAAAGUUUUUGAAUUUUUGCAACAUAUAUGUUUCUUUUGUAAUUCAAAAUGAUCAAAUAAAGAUCAAACUUUAAAAAGCAUGUUUUUUUUUUUUUU